AUGGUCAAACCAUAGGGGCGCACGCUGAACCCCAUUUAAUUUUCUAUACUUCACCAUAUUUCUGCUAAUCUCAAAAUCUAUCUCCUUCCUUUUUACCAUCACCAUAAAAGCUUUACAAAUUCGAACCACAAAAUAUCCAAACCCUUUAAUCAAACGGGUCAAAUUAAAGGAUCUCUUUCCAAAAGUUCCUUCAAUCAUUACAAUAUGCGUUUCAGAAAUAUCUUUACACAUUACACAAAAAACUCGUGUCUAUACGCCCAGAUCUGUUCACUUCUAGGAGGAUCCGUUAUGUAUUUCGCCAAUUAACAAUCUGUGUACGUAUGACAUCGCCAGGAGACGAGCAUUCGGAGAACCACCACCGGCCCGCUGAGCGUUCUAAUCCGGUCAAGAAACCGGCAUCGGUGUCCAUGGACCACGUUUUGUCAGCAUUGGGGGAGACUAAAGAAGAAAGAGAAACGCGAAUUCGGAGUUUGUAUAAUUUCUUUGAUACAUCAAAUGCAGGGUACUUGGAUUCCGCUCAGAUCGCGGUAGGGUUAUCCGCGUUGCAAAUUCCGGCGGAUUACAAAUAUGCGAAGGAUUUGCUUAGGGUUUGCGAUGCUAAUAAAGACGGGAGGGUUGAUUAUCAGGAAUUUAAGAGGUAUAUGGAUGAUAAGGAGCUUGAACUUUAUCGUAUUUUUCAAGCUAUUGAUGUCGAACAUAGUGGCAGCAUUUUACCCGAGGAGCUCUACGAUGCUCUUGUUAAGGCUGGUAUAGAACUCGAUGAUGAUGAACUUGCUAGUUUUGUUGAACGUGUGGACAAAGACAACAAUGGAAUCAUAACCUUUGAAGAAUGGCGUGACUUUUUACUACUUUACCCUCACGAAGCAACCAUAGAAAACAUCUACCAAUAUUGGGAACGCGUUUCCCUUGUAGACAUCGGAGAACAAGCGGUGAUUCCAACCGGAAUCAGCAAACACGUCCACGCCAGCAAAUACCUGAUCGCCGGAGGAGUCGCCGGAGCCGCCUCCCGCACCGCCACCGCCCCGCUCGACCGCCUGAAAGUUGUCCUCCAAGUCCAAACCACCAAGGCUUCAAUUGGGCCCGCAGUCAGAAACAUAUGGAAGGAAGGUGGGGUGGUAUCUUUUUUCAGGGGUAAUGGUUUGAAUGUUGUGAAGGUGGCUCCUGAGAGUGCUAUAAAGUUUUAUACUUAUGAAAUGUUGAAGAAUUGGAUUGGAGGUGGUGAUAAGGAUGAUAUCGGGACUUCUGGGCGGCUUCUUGCUGGCGGCAUGGCGGGUGCGGUGGCUCAAACCGCUAUUUACCCGAUGGAUCUUGUGAAGACCCGUUUACAGACCCAUGUUUGUGAAGGUGGAAAGGCUCCGAGUUUAGUCAAACUUUCUAAAGAUAUUUGGGUUCACGAAGGGCCUCGGGCUUUUUAUAAAGGGAUUAUUCCUUCACUUCUUGGAAUUAUUCCUUAUGCUGGAAUUGACUUAGCAGUUUAUGAAAACUUGAAAGAAAUGUCAAAAACAUACAUUUUCCUUGAUAAAGAUCCUGGGCCUUUAGCACAAUUGGGUUGUGGGACUGUUUCUGGUGCCCUUGGAGCCACUUGCGUGUAUCCAUUGCAAGUUGUAAGGACAAGGAUGCAAGCUAAUAGGCCAGGUGGAGCGGAUGCAUACAGGGGAAUGAGUGAUGUGUUCUUGAAGACUUAUCAGAAUGAAGGGGCACGUGGUUUUUAUAAAGGACUUUUCCCAAAUCUUCUGAAAGUCGUGCCAGCAGCCAGUAUUACUUAUAUGGUUUAUGAAGCAAUGAAAAAGACACUUGAUCUUGAAUGAUGAUGAUGAUGAGAAGUUAGAAUAAAGAGAUUUUAGUUGAUUAUUAGGUGAUACAUACCCAUUGUUGGAUUUACAUGGUGAUAUUGAUAGGUGUUGUGUUACUGUUAACUUACCACUUGGGAAAACGCGCUGUUUUUGUAGCGAACAAGUUUUUCUUCAGCUUCAUUCUGAUUCCAUGUAUAUGUUAUGUUAGGUGGUCAUGUGGAAAUUGAGUACAAUAGACUUGCCGAUUUUUUGUUA